GACCUCAUUAUGUUUUCGUCAGAAUGUGGUAACCCUCCUGCUGCCGUUUCAUUGGUUCUGUUACAGCAGUGUUUUAUUCACUCACACAGUGACACAGCAUCACCAGCUGACAAGCAAGCUAAGGAGAAAUAUUUUUAUUUCUUUACUUUGCUCUGAUCUUUAGAAUUUAUGUAUGUUUUGAACUUGGGUACUCUACUAUUGUACUGUACUGUUUAGUUACCUUUUUGGCUAUAGCUAGCUAGCUUGCUGGUUUGUAAACAUUGUGACAGCUAUCAAAGUUCUACAUUUCAAGACAACAAAUUGAACCAUGGAUCAAGCAAACAUUUCGUACCUUGUAAAAUUGUACGUUUACGAUAUUUCCAAAGGAAUGGCUCGCCAGUUGAGUCCCCUCAUGCUGGGGAAGCAGCUUGAUGGGAUAUGGCACACAGCUAUUGUGGUCCACGGUGAGGAGUUCUUCUAUGGUGGAGAGGGUAUCGCUAACUGCCUGCCUGGUAGGACCCAACUAGGAGAACCCAACUCUGUAGUGGAGUUGGGGAACACAGAGGUGACUCAGGAGAUUUUUAUGGAGUACCUGUCUUCGCUGGGAGAAUCCACAUACAGAAGUAACAAGUACCACCUGUUGGAGCACAACUGCAACACGUUUACUAAUGAAGUGGCCCAGUUCCUGACUGGCAGCCAGAUCCCUGCUCACAUCACCAACCUGCCAUCUGAAAUCCUGUCCACCCCAUUUGGCCAGGCUCUGCGCCCCCUCCUGGAGUCCAUCAGCAUCAGUCCACCAGGGGGCAGCACUUUCAACGGCAACUAUGGCCAGAGAUAGACAGGCAGGAAUGGGUACAGUUUAAAUUUAUGUAGGAACUGAUAAGACAGUUGGUUUCAGGGCAGGAGAUGGACAGCUCUAAAAAAAAUUGAGUCCUCUAUCUAGCUACCUAGAUGCCAGACAGUCUGCAAGCUAACAAUGGUCUAAAACUUUAUUUGGAAGGUCCCCCUAUUCAUUAUUCCCUAUUAGACUGUCAGAAACCAUCUAACAAGAUCCACUAACCAGUUCGGUUUCAGUGGAUGGUUUGUUGAUUGCUAGAAUAUCUAUGGGGCCCCUCUCAAUAAAGUACUACUAAACCCAAUAACCUUACCUCAUUAUCACUCCACACACCAGCCUAGCCUGACAGAUACUUCAGAUCCUUAAGCUGACUCUCCCUGCCCCCCAGUGGAACCCACAUUGUUGGGACAGGACGUCAACACAUUCCUGGACCAUCUGAAUGUAAACUAGGAGACCUGCAAGGUCUCUCUCAGUAAUAUACCAUUGGGGUGUGCUUGAUUAAGGCACCUAGUGGAACAAAACCAUUGAAACAAAUAUGGAAACUCUGAAAACAAAACAAAUGCACUUUGACUAAAUGCACUUGUUUGACCCUGUUCUGCUCUCCUCCAGGCCCAGAGGUGCUUAUCUCUCCUGCACAGGAGGGUGGGGUCCCUUUUUUUGUCCCGUCAUUAAGUAACCCUUUUUGAUCAUUUCUUUUUUUCUUGUGUGUUUCUUCUUUGUCAAGACCUUGAUUAGGGUAGAAAGGACAGCAAGAACAAACAAGGAAGGAACUCAUCCAAGAUCUGUUAGUUGAAUGCCGACAGUAAAUGUUAUCAAAUUGGUCAUUUGUCCUGUCUUUACAUUAUAAAGUUGGAAAUUAUAAGACCAACCGUAUUUUUACCAGCUCCAGGGUUCUUGAACACAAUGGAAACCGGCACUUAUAUACAUAUAUGACCAUCAAUGACCGCAAAGCACAGAACAACUGUGCUACUCUCCAGUUCAGAUGUUAAAACUUUGUAUUGAUGGACAGGAAUUAACCAUAUCUUGAAAGAAGUAUUGAGGAUUGUUGAAAGAUUUAGUAGUACUGUUUAAUAAUCAAGAGUCAAGCUCUUGCCAACUGCUAUUUUCCUUCCUGACAAACAUCUGUAAUUUGUUGCCAAUAUUGUAUUCAUGCCAUUUUGUUUGUUGCAAUUUUUCUGUUACAGUCUAUUUAUUUUUUAAAUGAAAAAAUUGUGUUUGCGGAAUACAAUUCCUUAAAAUUGUUAAUAUAAUUAUCUUAAAUGUAAUAUAUAGUUAUCAUUUACUUUAUAUAGUCGCUUGGGAUAAAAUCAUCUGCUAUAAAUGUAUAAUCAAUCUUGUAAAACAGUCAUUCUCAUUUGGUGAAUGAAUUAAGCUGUGAUGUGUAAAAAUCCAUCCCUUUAUCUCCCAUUUUAUGAUGUUAAGAUACAGUUUACAAUUUACCCAACUCUGCUUGAUAAAUACAUUUUUCUCUACACUUA